AUGGGGAUCAAAUACCCCCGAGCCACAAAAAAAGGAGGAUACACCCCGGGGCACAACACCCCCCCCCGGUCAGCCUCUCCCCUUCCAGAGAGGCAGUCGGGGCCCCGGGUUUACAGCCCCAAAAAGGGGUACCCGAGUCCCAAAUACGAGACGUCCCCAAGUACCCCAACAUACCAAGACGGCGUACCCCCAAAGACCCCAAAAAUACCCAAAACGUGGUACCCAAAGUACCCCAAAAUACCAAACGUGCGUACCCCCAACGUACCCCCCCAUACCAAGACGUGCGUUUCCCAACGUACCCCAAAUUUCAAGACUGCGUACCCCCCCCGUACCCCAAAUACCAAGACGGCGUACCCCAACGUACCCCCCAAAAUACCCAAAAGUGCGUACCCAACUACAAAACGUACGUACCCCCAAAGUACCCCCAUACCAAGACGUACCCCCAACAUACCAAGACGUGCCCCAACAUACCAAGACGCACCCGCCCCGCACCACUCCACCGCCAAAGUCCACCUCAUCCCCUCAGUUAACGAUCUCCGAACACCGUCGACGGGAUCGAGGACAAGCCGAGGAUCUGCUUCGCAACGAAACCCGAGACGUUCACACUCCCUGCACCGAAGCUUCGAAGCAACGAAACCCGAGACGUUCACACUCCCUGCACCGAAGCUUCGAAGCAACGAAACCCGAGACGUUCACACUCCCUGCACCGAAGCUUCGAAGCAACGAAACCCGAGACGUUCACACUCCCUGCACCGAAGCUUCGAAGCAACGAAACCCGAGACGUUCACACUCCCUGCACCGAAGCUUCGAAGCAACGAAACCGAGACGUUCACACUCCUGCACCGAAGCUUCGAAGCAACGAAACCGAGACGUUCACACCCCCUGCACCGAAGCUUCGAAGCAACGAAACCCGAGACGUUCACACUCCCUGCCCCGAAGCUUCUAAGCAACGAAACCCGAGACGUUCACACUCCCUGCACCGAAGCUUCGAAGCAACGAAACCGAGACGUUCACACUCCCUGCACCGAAGCUUCGAAGCAACGAAACCCGAGACGUUCACACCCUGCACCGAAGCUUCGAAGCAACGAAACCCGAGACGUUCACACUCCCUGCACCGAAGCUUCGAAGCACCGAUCCUUGACCACGAAACAGAUAUACCAGAUUCCGUAUCAUAUUACUACAUUCCACGUUCCAAAUCAUAUGCCAUAG